GAUCCAAUCUUAUUGAACGCUGAGCAACAACCAAAAUUCUUGUACAGCCAAGGUUAUGAUAGCGGUCAGUAUCCAAAUUCGAUCGACUGUAAUUGGAUUCUGAUGGCCAGAAGUGCGAAUCGUCGUAUCGUGCUAACCGUACACGACUCACGAAUCGACGAUGCACUGUUCUCGCGGUGCGAUGAUUUUUGCUCCGUUCGAGAUGGUGCUACGAAUACGUCAAACGAAAUUGCACGCUGGUGUGGUAAUUCAUCUGGUUUCGAUGUGAUCAGCACUUCGAAUGCUUUGUUUGUGACGUUUCAUAGUGAUGAUUCAUUUCAAGCUCGCGGUUUCAAUAUGUCUUUCACUGAUUUUGAACUACCCGGAUGUCCGUCGAAUUGGCAAACGAUUACAACAGUGAAUAAUGAUGCUGAUUAUUGUUAUUCAUUACGAUCGAAUCAUCGAACAUGGUCAGAUGCACAAAAUGAUUGCCAGUUGGCACGAAGCAAUCUACUUACGUUUGAUUCCGCAAAAGAAUAUCAGUCAUUUGCCGGACUUUAUUCAAAAAAUGCAUCGAUAACGCCAUGGAUUGGUUAUUCGGAUGCUGUCGACGAGGGUGUUUUCACAUCAGUUGACCCUAGUGAAAGUUUUUGGCCGGAAGAUCUUCCGAACUUCGGCAACGAACAUACAUUUGAAGAUUGUGUUUAUGUGGAUUGGAAAUUGAAGAGCGAGGCAGUUGCGUACGCAUUAGAUGACUGUCGUGAUAAACGUGAAUAUAUUUGCAAACGAAAAGCUGAGAAACGUUCAACUUCACGAGUUGGCAGUAUGGAUGCAAAUCAGCGACUGGUGAGUGGUGUGGAUGCAAAUGUUUCUCCACCGCAACCAUCACAUCACACUGCAGUUGGUAACGUCAACCUCGUUCCUACCACUGCGUUCACUUCAUCUCUUGUUGCACAUUCAAACGAUGCAUCGAUCAGGGUACCAAACUAUGAGACGAAUACUUCGUUUCAACAAGGAGAUUUGUCGCUUGAUAAGCAACAGCAGCAACAACAACAACAAAUGAUGCCUUCUUGUCAAAUAGCGCAACAAAUGUCAUUUAAUGAAGAUGGAAUGAUGGGAAUAAAUGCGUUAGGCACUGAUAAGAGCAUCACGGCAACUACAACACCAACAACGGUCAAGAUGGAUAGAUGGACAGAUACGAGAGGUGCGAAUCAUGCAUCAACAUUACCAACGUUGAUUGGUGAAACAACUGCCACGACGACUCGUAAUGAUAAUCAUCAUUAUCAUCAGCAUGCGACAUCACGUACUGCUGACGAUAAAUUGAUGAUGCGCAUUCGACGCAAUCAGUUCUUCGAACGUCCACGAGUGGCUGUACUCGAUAACGUUUCAGCGAUCAGUCUCGACGAGUUCUGGAGCAAAAACGAUCGACCAUUCAGGAGUGGCAAAUGA